AUGGCUACCUCUAGCAACGCCUCUCCUUCCACCGGUGAAGUCAUCCUGACUUCUACUAAUCCUCUUUUCAAUGUCAACACCUCUAAUGUUACCAAACUCAAUGACAUCAAUUACUUGAUGUGGAGUCUCCAGAUCCAUGCUUUGAUUGACGGCUAUGAACUCGCCGGCUACCUUGAUGGAUCUCACCCUGCUCCAUCUCCCACCAUUACGACUGAUGGUGUCACCAUUCCAAAUCCAGACUUUGUUCUCUGGAAGCGCCAAGAUCGUCUUCUCUACAGUGCCUUGCUUGGCGCUAUGUCUGCUCUUGUUCAACCAUUGGUGUCCCGAGCCACUACCGCUGCUGAGGUCUGGGAGCCACUAUCUUUGCUAAACCAAGCCGAGGUCACGUUCAGGGUAUCAAAAAUCAAAUUAAGGCGUGGACUAAAGGUAACAUGA